AGGGAAGGAAAGGAGGUUCUACUGUUGUCCGUGGCUCGGACCAAAGCGGAGUCAGGGUGUUAACCACGCCCCUCUCAUGAAUAAUACACCUCCCGUUGAACAGGAGGAGGCUAGUGCCAGAAGGAAAUCUCCAGACGUCAGCGCUUGCUCACUCGUGGACGGAGAUUUUCGAUCAUAAUAUCACCAUCCGUGAAGGAUAAGGGCACUCUUAUUUCCGGUGAUGAAAUGGGCGUAGGAAGACACUGGAAUCCGCCUUAUGUACUUCGACUCCGCUGGUUUCCGCCGGGUAUUUACGGAGGAGGACACACUAAGGGGUGGAAAUUAGCACAGACGGCCGUGACCAACAUAUUAUCUACCAGUCAGACGUUGUUUUUAUCGCACGUGUAUUGAGGAAAAACAUUAGUUGAGGUCAAAUCUGUGUUGUGAGGGACUAUCAGCAGGAAACGUAUUAAUAUGCAACUAUGUUCCGAAACAGCCUGAAGAUGCUGCUUGGAAGCAGGAGUCGCAAGCUGAACAACGAUGACAGCAGCAUUGAUUCGGACGCCACAGACAUCAGGAUGAUGAAGGGCUUUACUCGCUCACUGCCCUCCUCUCCCCUUCUCAGUCUUCACCUGGCCAAGAGAAAUGAUAAGGCAGAGGAGUUGGGACCACCGCCUUCUGUAGACGAAGCGGCUGAUGCUUUGAGGACCCAGCUGGGCUUCCUCCUUGGGGAGAAGGUCACAGUUGGAGAGUCAUGUUUACCUUAUCACAGCCCAAAUGAUGGACAGAGAAUGUCUCCUUCCUCCAGUCUGGCAAGCAGCAACUCCUCCCCCUGCACCACUCCACAGCCUCACACUGGGGUGGAGGGUAACAAUAACGGCAAACAUGCCUCCUUUUACCAUGCCUCUGUCACCUCCCCUUCCUCCACACUGGGAAGCAGAGACAGCGGAAUCAUAGCCACAAGUUCAGCCCACCUUGAAGACCUAGCCUUUCUGGAUGAUCAACAGAGACAUUUAGCCUCAAAGAUGUCCCUCAGAAUGUCUGGACAGAAUUCUGGGAGUCGUAAUCAGCAGGACCACAGAGUUGAUUUUACUCCAUCCCUCAACCUGAAACCACUCCAUUUCGAGAUUCCCGGUCUGUUGUCUGAUUGGCUGUUCAUGGGCAGAGAGUGGCUCUUCCAGAAAGUUGACACCCAUCUGCACAGCAAUGACCCAACAACUAACAGAGGCAUAUUAAUUACUGGCAACAUGGGCUAUGGAAAGACGGCUAUCAUUGCAAGACUAGUUGCGCUCAGCUGUCAUGGACACCACAUGUGGCCGCACACCACUGGCAAGCAGAUCAUACCCAAAUGUGGAGAGUCGGUUUCUCUCUCAACUGAUUCUUCUGGAAAAGGAGGAGGGGCAGGAGAAGAAAAUGGAGGAGGAAGCUGCCCAGGAACUCCAGAGAAGAAAAGACAACAGCAGGCGUUGUGGAGACUAGCUAGACAGGUAGUGUCCUAUCACUUCUGUCAAGCUGAUAACUGUUACACCUGCCUUGUUCCUGAGUUCGUCCACAACAUGGCGGCCAUGCUGAUCACUGCCCCUCAACUGACCGCCUAUCAAAAACUGUUGCAGCACUCGCCUCAGUUGCAGAGCAUCCUCAGUCUGCGCUCCUGCAUUCAGGAUCCGAGCUUAGCCCUUCAGAGAGGCAUACUAGACCCCCUGGAUGCACUCCACAAAGAGAGAAAGCUUCAGAUUGAUGUGGAAGGACUCAUUGUACUGAUUGAUGGGCUAAAUGAGGCUGAGUUCCACCGGCCCGAUUACGGAGAUACACUGACUUCCUUUCUCUCUCGAAACAUUCAGAAAUUUCCUUCGUGGUUGAAGGUAAUUUCUACUGUCAGGACCAGCCAGCAGGACAUUGCUCAAUGUCUGCCUUUUCACCACAUCUCACUGGACGGAAAGGAGGAAAACAAUGCUAUAGACCAGGACCUGGAGCAUUACUUGAUGCAGCGUAUCCACAGCAGCCCUGGUAUCCAGAGCAAUGUGUCGCUGGGCAAUGGUCGCCUUGACAACACAGCACUGACCAAGAUGAUCAGCCACUUGAAGAGCCUAAGCAAAGGCUCUUACCUCUACCUGAAAUUGACCCUUGACCUAAUUGAAGGAGGUUACCUUGUUCUGAAGAGUUCUAGCUUUAAGGUGGUUCCGGUCAACCUAGCAGAAGUGUACCUGCUACAGCUUAACAUGCGGUUUCCCACCCAGUCAUCUUUUCAAAGAGUACUGCCUCUGCUCAAUGUUACUGUGGCUUCGCUCCACCCACUGACUGAUCAGCAGUUGUUUGAGGUGGUGAAUGCAGGUUGCCUCAGUGGAGAAACAUUCCAGUGGGGGGAGUUUACACAUCGCCUAGAUCAGCUCUCUUCUUUCCUGCUACAGCGGAGUGACGGCAGCAGGAUGCUUAACCAUGCCUCCUUCAGGGAGUGGCUAGUGUGGAGGGAGGAGGGGCAGGAUGACAGGUUCCUCUGUGACCCAAGAAGUGGACACACCCUGCUGGCUUUCUGGUUCUGCAGACAGGAGGGAAAACUGAGCCGACAGCAGACACUGCAGCUGGGACAUCAUAUUCUGAAGGCUCACAUCUACAAGGGCUUGAGUAAAAAACGUGGAGUUUCCUCCUCCAUUCUUCAGGGGCUGUGGAUGUCAUAUAGCACAGGAAGACUUUGCCCUGUUCUUUCAUCGCUGCGCAACCUCUAUACCCCCAAUAUCAAGGUGAGCAGGCUCCUGAUAAUGGGUGGAGCCAAUGUGGAUUACCGAACUGAAGUCCUUAAUGGUGCCCCUUUAUUGUGUGUCCAUGCUCACCUAGGCCACAAGGAUGCCGUAGCACUGCUGCUUGACCACAGAGCCCAAGUGGAUGCUCAGUCACAUGAUGGUUUAACAGCUCUGGGAUUUGCUGCUGCAGCUGGUCACUUGGACAUUGUCACCUUGCUGAGUCACCACAAAGCCAAGAUCGGCCAUGUGGACAGCUCAGGCCAGUGUGUGCUCAUUCUGGCAGCCCAGCACGGUCAUCUUGAGGUGCUGCGCUUCCUGCUGAAGAGCCCCGAUUGGAGCUGCACUUCCUGCUGUAACCAGAGGGGGACGAGCAGGAGCCAGGCUGUGCAACAGGCUCUGAUUGCAGCAGCCAGCAUGGGGCAUGCGGAAAUGGUGUCAUACCUCCUGGAUCUUCCAGAAGAAGAUGAGGAAGAGGAGCAGAGACCUGAGAUUAACAUAUAUGACUGUCUGUGGGGGGAGACGGGUAUGAUUCAUAAUAAAUGUCAUAAAUUUAAGCAAAACACGGGUUCUGAGGAAAGCAGAGGGCUCUGGAAAAAUUUUCAUGCAUUUAAUGUGUUAUUGUAACACAUUUUAAUACAUCACAGUUAGGCCUGUCACGAUAACAAAUUU